AUGGUUGUAUCAUACAACAUUUUACGUCUAGAUAAUAGUUACGUUUUCCAGGUUGAAGCUUACAAAGAUGUAAACAACAAUGAUAAUAAGAAAUUCUUUAAAUUUAAUGAUGAGAGAAUUCCGUUUGAGGAAUUUAAAGUUGGACAACUUGAGAGGCUUAUCUCUCUUGACAUCGAUGAAAGUGCGCUUAAUCCUAGAUCUACUGAAGCAGAUAUUAAAAACCUUGGAGGCAUAAUUAUAAAACGUCAACGCAAGUUUAUUAAAUAUUUCAAUAUGGAUAUGAACCUACGGAGGAAGAUAACAUCAGCAUUGUUGCCGUCAACGACAACCACCAAUUCUCAUUGGUCACCACUUGAUACGUUGUGGGAUCGCAUUUAUAAAGAUGGGUAUAAGGUAAUCAUUCUUGAACGGAAUUUUAUAAAUCGUGAGAAAGGUGUUGAUAACGCAGUUGGGCACUAUAUUGAUGAGGUGAUCUUCACCAAGACUCCCGCUACAAUUGCGCUUGUCUCGGGUGAUAAAGAUUUUUACUGGAAUAUUAAGGUAGCCCUGGAACGAAACUGGAAUUUAGAAAUAUGGUCCUGGAAAAGGGGCGCAUCAUUUAAUGACAAUAUUCAUUCUCCAGGAGUGUCUCACUAUGUAUUGCCACCGAAUCUUUAUACCACUUUUAUACCUCUUGAUAAUCUUUACAAGAAUUUUGCAUGGUGUUAUGAUAAAGAUAAUACUGGAGAAAUGAGAGUCCUUAGGAUUACUGACGGAGAUGCAAUCCGUAACUGGAGCAAUGAUGACGUAAUGGAGUGCUUUGUUAAUUUAAAUUUAUUCGGUUGGUGGCAUCGUGAAUACCCGGGGUCCUUGCUUUUAUAUUUUCGAAAUGAGAAUGAUAAGCGAAGUGCACAGGCCUGUUUCAAAAAUAAAAUGAAAAUAAAUACGCAAUUCCGAUUUAUUCGAUGGCUUUGGGAAAUUUCUACUCCAAGAUGGACAGUUGAAGCUCUUAACCUUAAAGAACUUUAUCCAAGAUGGUGGUAUGAAAUUCAUAUAUCACCAUUAAGUUAUACCUUUAGCUUUUCGGAUUAUCCAAUCUGUUUGAGAAAUAUCGCAAUAAUUUCUGUGUCAUGGACCGUUGCCGCCUUCUUCGCCAUGAAAACUAAUCAAAGAGAUUAUUAUCCUUUGGUGGCGGAAAAAACAGAAACGUUAAUCUAG